CCCCUCUCAUUUUUUUCAUGACUCUUGUGUUAUUCAGGAACAAAACAAACAUAUACAGUAUUAUACUCAGCACAAUUCAUUGAAAAGUGAAAGAGAGAGAGAGAGAGAGAUGAAAAAGGAGUGGUAUACAUAUUGUUUUUAAAUAAUAAUGUUGAGGUAAAUGAAGACCAUUAAAUUUUUUGAUGAACAUGGCCUAUAAUACCUUUACGCAAUAUGAGAUGGAUCACGGUGUCGAUCGAUCGUCACAAAGAAUCCUUGCUGGAGCUUUUGAACAAGCGUAUCAAAAGAACUGGAGAUGAUGAAGCCAAACUUUAAGGAUUCAUGUAUGUUACUAGAGGAUGCUGAUUAUGAUAUCCAAAUAUUACUUGAAUAAGAGAGGGAUAGAAAUUAUAGGGGGUAGAUUUAAGGGGGGCCGCUGUAGAACCAUCAGCGUAAUUGAUAUCUUUCAUAAAAGUGGCGAAUAAGUUCCCCGAUGAAGAUGAUGCUGUCGCUGUUGAUGAUCUUCUGUGUUGUCUUCUUCAGGUUGUGCAAUUGUAGGUGCCCGUUGAGUACAUUGGUAGCGGUUGUUGUUGCAUUUGUCGAUGGUAUUAUUGAUCGACUUGUCGUGUUGCUGUUGCUGUUGUUGCCAAACAAGGAUGCAGAUGUUGGAUCGGGAACUUAGAUAGGGAAGCUAAAUGGCGCUCGAUUGAAGCGUGGUGUCAAUGACCAAUGAGAAGCAAGUGUCACCGGAUACCGAAUCUCAUUGAUCACAAACGAUACCCUUAUGCAAAUACCUAGGUGUGUUAUGAAUUUUUUGUUGCUGCUGCUUUUGUAAUGAGGUGUGGUGUAUAUGUGAGAAACACAUGCGAAGCAUGGUUUUCCUUGACUUGACAGACAGAAUACGAAUGUCUAACACCGUCGAUUUAUGACUCACAG